ACCGCUGCGCGCAGGGAGGGGCGGGUCAGCCAUCUUGGGCUCGCCGGGCCGUGCCUGCGAGCGGGCGGGGGAGGCAGCGCCCGCCCUGCGGAAGUGCCCUCAGUCCCCGCCGCCCGGCCCAGCCCAGCCCCGCCGAGCCCCGCCGGAACGCGACCAGGGCUGCCCGCCGAUCCCCAGCACCGCCGCUACCGAGGAGCAUGGCAGGGCGGCUUCCGGCCUGUGUGGUGGACUGCGGCACGGGGUAUACAAAGCUCGGAUAUGCUGGUAAUACUGAACCCCAGUUCAUUAUUCCUUCAUGUAUUGCUAUCAAAGAAUCUGCAAAAGUGGUUGAUCAAGCACAAAGGAGGGUUCUGAAGGGUGUUGAUGAUUUAGACUUCUUUAUCGGGGACGAAGCAAUAGAGAAACCAACUUAUGCAACCAAGUGGCCCAUCCGCCAUGGUAUAGUUGAAGACUGGGACCUAAUGGAGAGGUUUAUGGAGCAAGUAAUCUUUAAGUAUCUAAGGGCAGAACCUGAAGAUCAUUAUUUUCUUUUGACUGAGCCUCCAUUAAAUACUCCAGAAAAUAGAGAAUAUACUGCUGAAAUCAUGUUUGAGUCUUUCAAUGUUCCAGGGCUAUAUAUUGCUGUCCAGGCUGUCCUUGCCUUAGCUGCAUCUUGGACGUCAAGGCAAGUAGGAGAACGAACACUGACUGGCACAGUUAUAGACAGUGGUGAUGGUGUCACUCAUGUUAUUCCUGUUGCUGAAGGGUAUGUGAUUGGCAGCUGUAUCAAACACAUUCCAAUUGCGGGGCGAGAUAUAACAUACUUCAUUCAGCAGUUGCUGAGGGAGAGAGAAGUAGGAAUUCCUCCUGAACAAUCCUUGGAAACAGCUAAAGCAGUGAAGGAACGCUUUAGUUAUGUUUGCCCUGACUUAGUAAAAGAAUUUAACAAGUAUGACACAGAUGGUACAAAGUGGAUUAAACAGUAUACUGGAAUUAAUGCCAUCUCAAAGAAAGAAUUUACCAUUGAUGUUGGCUAUGAGAGGUUCCUGGGGCCAGAGAUUUUCUUCCAUCCUGAGUUUGCUAAUCCUGAUUUUACACAACCCAUCUCAGAAGUAGUAGAUGAAGUUAUUCAAAAUUGUCCCAUUGAUGUUAGACGUCCACUGUAUAAGAAUAUUGUCCUCUCUGGAGGCUCAACCAUGUUCAGGGACUUUGGUCGCCGUUUACAGCGAGACUUGAAAAGAACUGUUGAUGCCAGGCUGAAACUUAGUGAAGAACUUAGUGGUGGCAGACUGAAGCCUAAGCCCAUUGACGUUCAAGUCAUUACACACCAUAUGCAAAGAUAUGCUGUUUGGUUUGGAGGAUCAAUGCUGGCUUCCACACCUGAAUUCUACCAAGUAUGCCAUACCAAAAAAGAUUAUGAAGAGAUUGGUCCAAGCAUCUGUCGUCACAACCCUGUGUUUGGAGUCAUGUCUUAAAGCUGACCUCAGAGGGGUCAGGGAUAGGGAGGUGGGAAGGAGGAGAAGUCUUUCUGAUUACUUGUUUGUCUGAUGGCUGGUAUUAAGAUAACAAACAUGACUUGACAAUAUGAAAAAGACCAAACACAAUUAAGCAGGAUUAUUUUAAUAAGUGUCUCAACAUGCGGAUGUAGUGGAAAGCCAAAAGGAUCAUGUUUUUUCUUUAGAUUGAUUAUUUGAACCUGUGCGUAACAAAACAAAAAAAAAAGUGGAUUUUAGUUCUUUCUGUGCCCUGGUAUUUUGUAUAUUAAUGAAUUAUCCAAGAUUUGAUGGGAUUUGAUGGUGUGUAGAUAGUCAGCUCUCUAAUGCUUCCGUUGUACCCUUUCAGGGGUGCGAUGCAGGAGCUUGUUUAUAUUUCAUACUUUUUUAUACUUUGAGGAAAAAUAUUAAUAAAAAACCCUGUAAUAUUUGAGGAAAAAAUUUACCAGUGACCAACCUGAAAUUAAAUUAAAAAACAAAGUCAUGACUCAUGCAACUAGCUCGUGCAAAUCAUGACAAUCUAAAUCCUGGGUUCCAUACAAUGCGAGUGCUUUUGGAACUAAGAAGCUAGUAUCUUGGAUUAACCAAUGCCUGCUAGUGCUUUCUGAUUACUUGGUGCAUUUUCAUACUAUCUCUUGCUUUAAAAAAAAAAAAAAAAGAAAAGUAAAGACAAGACUGUUGGACCAGUAUUGCAGUUCUGUAGUGUCAUUUCUAAUUAAAACCAAAUAAUCAGGUUAUCAAAAUUUGGUGUAUUUAAAGCCUAACACCAUUCCAAUAAAGGCACAAAAUUUCUUUUUAUGUUUGUGUCAGACUUGUUCAUCUCAUUACGUGGGAAGUUGUGAGCAUGGGUUCUUACAUAUCCACUGUGGUUUUUGAAGAGUGAGAUUGGUCUGUAAGGUAGUUCUGUGCAUUGUGUAAACUGAAGUGUGACCAUUUUAGAACUGCAGUUUAAAUGUUCAUCUAGAUAGCACUUACCUAUAGAAACCUAACAUCUCCUCCACUGUUAGGUUUGUUCUCCUUCUUUGUUUCUGUACUUCCUCCCAACCCCUUUGACACUUUCUUUCAAGUGGUAGCAUACAGGAGACAGCUCUGAUUUUAAAUAUCUGUGGUUUUUCUGCAAGAAAAUACCAUGUAGAUAAAAAUAAAGUGAAAACAAUCUCUUUCUCAUUCUUUCUAGGAAGAA